AUGGGGGGCUCGGCCAGCCUGCUGCCGCGGGACGCGCUGGGCGAGUACCAGGAGCUGACGUUCCUGAGCAAGCAGGAGAUCCUGCUUGCCUACAAGAGGUUCAGUGAACUGCUGCCAAAGGAGGAGAGGGAAAACGCCUGCUCCACACGGGUUCCCAAGAGCCAGAUCCUGACGCUGCCAGAGCUGCGGGCAAACCCCUUCCAGCACCAGAUCUGCCGGGUGUUCUCCACCUCAGAGGCCAGGGAUGACAGCUUGUCCUUCGAAGACUUCCUUGAUAUGCUGAGCGUCUUCAGUGACUCUGCCACCUUGGACAUCAAAUCCCACUAUGCCUUCCGCAUCUUUGACUUUGAUCAGGAUGGGAUUCUGGACAGAAAUGACCUGGAGAAGCUGGUGAACUGCCUGACGGGGCAAGGCGAGGAGUCACGGCUGAACAGCACCGAGAUGGAGCAGCUCAUCCGAAACAUCCUGGAGGAGUCUGACAUUGACAAGGAUGGCACCAUCAACCUCUCGGAGUUCCAGCACGUUAUCUCCCGCUGCCCUGACUUUGCCAGCUCCUUCAAGAUCGUGCUGUGAGCACCCUGUGGCUCUCCAGAACCACUCCUCCAGCUGCUGCAGCUCUUCAUGGCCUCAGAAACUUUCUCUUUCAGCGAGCAGAGAGGCCCCCUCUCCUUGCCAGCCACACUGUGCCUCAGGCAGGACCCCCUGCUGCUCCCCUCUCA